CUUUCCUCCCAUCCUGCUGCGUGUCCCAAACAAACGAACAUGGCGGAGUCGGAGGACCGACAGAGGUUGUUGGGAGAUGUGGACGACGUGUCGCCCGCCGGCAGACAGGCGGCUGGAGGACCCGGUAAAACACUGCCGGCUAUCUGCGACCCCAACCAUCUCCUGCACCGAGUGGUUGUCCUGGUUUUCAUGUGCUUUCUGGGAUUUGGAAGCUACUUCUGUUAUGACAACCCGGCUUCACUUCAAACUCAAGUUAUUCAGGAUCUGAACCUGAACACUGCAAAGUUCAUGCAAUUGUACGCCUGGUACUCUUGGCCCAAUGUGGUUCUCUGCUUCCUUGGGGGAUUCAUGAUUGACAGAGUUUUUGGCAUCAGGCUGGGAACGAUCAUCUUCUCACUCUUUGUCUGUUUUGGACAGGUAAUAUUUGCUUCUGGAGCUUUGGUGAAUCGCUUCUGGCUCAUGGAAGUCGGACGUUUCGUGUUUGGUAUUGGAGGAGAGUCCUUGGCUGUGGCCCAGAACACAUAUGCAGUCAACUGGUUCAAAGGCAAGGAGCUCAACCUGGUGUUCGGCCUCCAGCUCAGCAUGGCUAGGCUGGGCAGCACAGUAAACAUGAACAUCAUGGGCUGGGUGUACAGCAAAUUCGCAGUCGUCGUUGGCUCUGCUGGACACACCACACUCGGAGCGUCACUCAUGAUAGCCUCUGUAACCUGCCUGUUCUCUCUGAUAUGCGCCUUGGUGCUGGCAUUUCUGGACAAAAGAGCAGAGAGGAUCCUCGACAAGGAACAAGGAAAGACAGGUGAAGUGAUCAAACUGACAGACGUGAAAGACUUCCCCUUCACCCUGUGGCUCAUCUUCAUCAUUUGUGUGGGCUACUAUGUCGCUAUUUUCCCCUUUAUUGGGCUGGGACAGGUGUUCUUCAUUGAAAAAUUUGGUUUCUCCCCCGCUGAGGCCAGAGCUGUCAACAGUAUUGUGUACAUCAUCUCAGCGCCUGCAUCUCCCAUUCUGGGCUUUAUGGUGGAUAGGACGGGUAAGAAUGUGGUUUGGGUAUUGAUCGCUGUGGUCGCCACUCUCGCCGCUCAUAUGAUGCUGGCCUUCACAUUCUGGAACCCAUGGAUCGCCAUGUCCCUCCUGGGUGUCUCGUACUCCUUGCUGGCCUGUGCCCUGUGGCCCAUGGUGGCAUUUGUGGUACCUGAGCAUCAGCUGGGAACAGCCUAUGGCUUCAUGCAGUCCAUCCAGAACCUGGGACUCGCUCUCAUUGCCAUGGCAGCAGGAGCCCUCCUUGACACAAGAGGAUAUCUCGUUUUGGAAGUGUUUUUCUGCACGUGUAUCUGCAUUGCACUGAUAGCAGUUGUGAUGUUGUACUUUGUGGAUUAUCUCAGAGGAGGAGAUCUGAACCGGUCUGCUGCAGCCCGAGCCAAACUUCAGAAAGAGGCCUCUUCAGAAGCAGAAUGAUGAUGAGGGAGCACACAUAGUCCGGGGCAUCAGAGCCAGCAGGCUGCACUGUCCACCCCACAGCUGUCAAUCAACUGCCAUGGGGGCGGGACUGCGCUACUGACUCCGCCCAGUGCUGUCACCUGUGGCUCUUCCCACCUGAACUGACUGUCUGGCCCUGGCUGUACAUAACCGACAAUGAAAUAAUAGCUGAUCAUGUUCCUAUCAGGACUCUGACAUAUGACACAUAACAGCUUUGGACUCUCUGACAUCUUAUACUGACUUUAUCUUCUCCAAAGUUCCCUUUCCACUGGUUUGUGUGUGUGCGUGCAUGUGGGCGUGUGAGUGUGUAAAUUCCUGAACAAAGUUAAGAUGCUUGUAAAGCAUUUUAAACCUUUUUAAUAUGGUCGGCAGAGGAUGACAGUUUUACCCUGUGCAAAGGUGCCUAUAGCUCCUUGAAAAAAAAGUGCUUUUUUUGUAUUACGUUAAUGCAAUUAUAGGAUAUAUAUAGUAUAUAUAUAUAUAUAGGAUUCCUAUGUCAAUUCACUUGUUUUAUAUGGUUACAAAUCGUUGUCAGCAGGAUUCUGUUACUUUCCUUGUUGUAGACAACUCAGCAGCUCGCUUAUGUACAAAUCAUUUGUCAGCACUCACAAAUAAUUGGCUAUCAAAAUCUUCCUAACUGGACUCUCCCUUGGCAGACUAAGUUCAUUUUCAGUUUAAUCAUACGCCUCAUUGACCUUUCAUGGUUGAUAAUCUCAAAGCGAGCAUAGUUUUUAGUCUUUAAUUUUUAUUGCUUGAUUCUUUUAUAUCUUAAUUCCUUUAUCUGCUCUUCACUGGGUUCAGACUCAGAGGUUCAUAAGAUUUCAUUUUCUGUUGCAUCAUCAAAUGGAACAUUACUAUAAUAAGAAAAAAGGGAGCAGUACACUUUUAAAUGCAUUUACCCGUGUAAUGAUAUUCACAUUUUCAACUUUUCACUAAUUGUUUUUUUCACUUGACAUUUUGAGAUUCACUUCCAUAUAAAUGAUUUAGACUGUGUUUUGCUCAUUUAUCAAGCUCAGGUAUUUAACUUGUUUUGAGCAAUGUCCCAAACUUUAACUAACUUAAUCCAAGGGAUGACACAAAAUAUUCAUGCACUAUGUAAAGCUCUUAGCAUUCCAGUCAUUUGGAAAUAGAUUUGUCUCCCUGUGGUGUCAUCAGGGUUGCACUGUGGAUGAUCUACAUUCACUACCUCAGUUGGGCAUAAUACUCCGCAAAAUAUAACUGAUAACUAAUCAUCAGCUGAAAGUCUUUUUGUUGCCUUCCAUGCUUUAAUUUCUGAUACUGCUGCAGCAAUGUAAGAGCACCCUAGGAUGAGGCAGUAUAGUGACAUCACUGGUUGGUAUGGUUACAGGUGCAAAAAAAGUACACUCAUGACCACACCUGUCAGUGAUGCUGCAUGAGUUGAGAGGUGGAAUGGACUUGAAACACUGCUUUUCAAUCUGGUGUUAGUUGCUCUAUGGACGAUGCCCAAAUCAAAUAAGAAGAUGGUCAGUAGUGUUUAGUUAAGAAGUGACCACAGCAUUACACAGAUAUAUGCUGCUCUACCACUCCUUUGCACUUUGGUGUUUUAACAGCAAUGCAGUCUUUGAUAAAUAAUGUGUUAACGGUCUGUGUAUAUAUGGGAAAUGAUAUAACUGACUAAUUGCUUAUCUGUUGUGCAAUCAGAGUGAGAUUAGACAAAAAGUCAGUUGAAAAUUUGUUGUUUGUAGAACCAAAUAAUUUGAUACAAGAUUGUUCAAGGAACAGUGGCAUUUAAUUAAACACAUUCUUGAAGCA